CAUGCGCAACGCAGCUUCAAGGCGAAAAUACCUAAUGACAAAACUCGACAUGCAGGAUGAUGAACAGACAGAUGUCAGGAGUCAGAGAAGAUGAUGAUCAACUGAUGACUUAAGAAAGAACAGAAUAUCAACAUGUCCAGCAGAGAAAGCAGAGUGGGUGAUCUGAGGAUUGUUCUUCUGGGGAAGAGCGUGUCAGAAAACAGUCGAGUGGGAAACUUCAUCUUAGGACGAGCAGCGUUUGACAGUGAAGCUCCUCCAGAUGUUGUAGAGAGAGUCGGAGGAAGACUGAAGGACAGACACCUGAUCAUCAUCAACAGUCCUCAGCUGCUCCAGACAAACAUCUCAGAUCAUCAGCUCACACAGACAGUGAGAGAGUGUGUGUAUCUGUCUGAUCCAGGACCUCAUGUCUUCAUAAUCAUACUGCAGUAUAAAGACUUCACCGAGGAGGACCUGAGAAGAGUGAAAUAUAUGCUGGAGAGAUUCAGUGAAGAGGCCGUUAAACGCUCUAUAGUGAUCACCACUGAUGAAGAGAUGCAUGAUGCUGCGAGAGCUAAUGAAUUAAUUCAGCAGCCAGGACCUCAUGUGAUCGUGCUGCUCCUCAAACAUGAGCCGUGUUCAACAGAAGAUCAAGAGUGUGUGGAGAAGGUGCUGCACUCUUUCUCUGAGCGCGUUUAUCAACACACAGUGGUGCUCAGCUCACAAGAGACCACUGAAACCAGUGACAUCCUACAGAACAUCAUUCAGAAAUGUGCAAACAGACACUUCAGUCUUCAGAGGAGCAGCUCUCCUGAUGAUCUGCUGCAGACACUUGAGGACAUUGAGAAGAUGAAUGACGGACGUUAUCUGCACUGUGCUGAAGCUGCACAGUGUUUCACAAUGAAGCAACAGAACACAGAGAGACUUUCAGAGGGUGUGAAGCUGAAUCUGGUCGUGUGCGGGAGUGAUGGGACAUUAAAAUCCUCUGUAUCAGAGCAGAUCCUGCAGCAGACAGACAGAAGAUCAGACGUGGAGCUUCAUAGUCGUCUGAUCAAUCUGAUCAGUCUUCCAGCUCUCAAUCAGCUCUCAGAGGAGGAAGUGAUGUGUAAGACUCUCCACUGUGUGUCUCUCUGUGAUCCUGGAGUUCAUGCUUUCAUCAUCAUUAUUCCUGUUGGUCGAAAUACAGACAAGAUCAAGAAAAGAUGA